AGUCCUGCUGUGGGAAAGAUGGGCUGGAGAAGGGAGGGCUUGGACACAGGGAGGCCAAUCAGGAGGCCACCCCAAAAGUCCAGGGUUGGAGGGAUGGGAGCCAGCACUUAAAUUGGUUGUAGUCUGAGAGAAGGGGAUGAUGUAUGGAAGAAAUACUUCCGGCGUGAAACAGAUCAGAUUGAUGGGGAAACUGAGGCCCAGCUAAGUGGGAUCCCUUAGGCUAUCUAGUCCGCCCACUCCGUUUUUCACAUGGGGAAACUGAGGAAGCUGAGGAAUCCCUGAGGCUAAGGGACGGGGCGUUCAUGGUCGAGGGGAGAUUUGAACCCCGGUCACCGGCUCCAGAGAGCUCUCUGUUUGGGAGGAGGGCCCGAGUGGCUCCUCGAGGGGGCGGGGGCGGGGCACGCACGCUCGCUCGCUGCCGGCCUCGCUCAGCGCUGCCUCGCUCUCUGCCUCGCCCUCCGCCCUCUCGCUUACUCCCCCGCUGGCUGCCGGGCCGGCAGCUCACGGGUUAAGGCGGCGGCGCGCGCGAGCCGCGGGAGAGGCGGUUGCUGACAGGUGGCGCCUGCGCACUGGGCGCGCUCAUUGUGCCCGGCCGCUGCCGAACCGCCCGCCCGCCCGCCGGCCCGCCCGCGCGUCAGUGUGCGAGAGUCCAGCGCAGGGCGCGGAGCCGCGGGCCCCGGCCUCGUCCUGCUCCUCCCCCGGCCCUCCGUCCCGCCCCGGCCCCGGGACCCCCGCCGGCCGCCGGCCCUCCCCUGCCACCAGGAAGAGAAUGCCCCGCGACGAGCAGCCCAGCAGCGCCUAGAUGGCUUUGGUCACGGUCCAGCGCUCGCCCACCCCCAGCACCACCUCCAGCCCCUGCGCCUCGAGCUCUCAUUUGGAAGAAAGUGAAUCAGCGAUACUUUGCUGUGAAUGUGAAGAAUCAGAAAUCUUUACUGAUUUCAAUGAGGCAGACAGUGGGGAGGAGGAAUGCCGGUCCCAGCCCAGAAGUAUCAGCGAAAGUUUCCUCACUGUGAAAGGUGCAGCCCUCUUCCUGCCACGGGGAAAUGGGUCAUCCACACCGAGAAUCAGUCACAGGCGCAACAAGCAUGCAGGUGAUCUUCAGCAGCACCUGCAGGCCAUGUUCAUAUUACUCCGCCCUGAAGACAACAUUAGGCUGGCUGUGAGAUUGGAAAGCACAUACCAGAACCGCACUCGAUAUAUGGUGGUGGUUUCCACGAAUGGCAGACAAGAUACUGAAGAAAGCAUUGUGCUCGGGAUGGAUUUCUCCUCCAAUGACAGUAGCACUUGCACCAUGGGUCUGGUCCUGCCUCUCUGGAGUGACACCCUUAUUCAUUUGGAUGGCGAUGGUGGGUUCAGCGUUUCAACAGAUAACAGAGUUCACAUAUUCAAACCCGUGUCCGUGCAGGCAAUGUGGUCUGCAUUACAAAGUUUACAUAAGGCAUGUGAAGUGGCCAGAAGUCAUAACUAUUACCCAGGCAGUCUAUUCCUAACCUGGGUGAGUUACUAUGAGAGCCAUAUCAACUCUGACCAGUCAUCAGUCAACGAAUGGAACGCCAUGAGAGAUGUGCAGUCCCAUCGGCCAGAUUCACCAGCUCUCUUUACAGAUAUCCCAACUGAGCGAGAACGCACAGAACGGUUAAUAAAGACCAAACUAAGGGAAAUUAUGAUGCAGAAGGAUUUGGAAAACAUCACAUCCAAAGAGAUACGCACAGAGUUAGAAAUGCAGAUGGCAUGCAACCUGCGGGAGUUCAAAGAGUUCAUAGAUAAUGAGAUGAUCGUGAUCCUGGGACAGAUGGACAGCCCCACCCAAAUCUUUGAGCACGUGUUUCUGGGUUCAGAGUGGAAUGCCUCCAAUUUAGAAGACUUACAGAACCGAGGGGUACGUUACAUCUUGAAUGUUACUCGGGAAAUAGAUAACUUCUUCCCAGGAGUCUUUGAGUAUCAUAACAUCCGGGUGUAUGACGAGGAAGCCACAGAUCUGCUCGCCUACUGGAAUGACACUUACAAAUUCAUCUCCAAAGCCAAGAAACAUGGCUCUAAAUGCCUCGUGCACUGCAAGAUGGGGGUGAGCCGGUCCGCCUCCACUGUGAUCGCUUAUGCUAUGAAGGAGUAUGGCUGGAACUUGGACCGUGCCUAUGACUAUGUGAAAGAAAGGCGCACCGUCACCAAGCCCAACCCCAGCUUCAUGAGGCAGCUGGAGGAGUACCAAGGCAUCCUGCUGGCCAGCAAACAACGGCACAAUAAGCUCUGGCGAUCCCACUCUGAUAGCGACCUCUCGGACCACCACGAGCCAAUCCGCCAAUCAGGACUGGAGCUUAACCGGAAAGAGAUCACCACCUCAGCAGACCAGAUCACCGACGCAAAGACUGCUGAGAGCCACCCCCCGAUAACCCCUGUCUUUGUGGAGCACAGGCUCCCCCAAGAUGUCAACACACAUGAACUGUGCACUAAAGAGAGAAUGAUCUGCUUAGAGUUUACGUCUAGAGAAUUUCAUACGGGACAAAUUGAGGACGAAAUAAAUCUCAAUAACAUUAAUGGGUGUUCAGCCGGGUGUUGCCUGAGCGAAUCCAAAUUUCCUCUUGACAAUUGCCAUGCAUCUGAAGCCUUAAUCCAGCCUGAAAACCCCUUGGAGAUCCCCACACAGUUCCCAGACUUGACAGUGGAAGAUUUGGAGACGGACGCACUCAAAACAGACAUCAGUGUCCAUUUGCUCCCCAUGGAAGAGCUGACAUCUCGCUUGAGAGACCUCCCGGGGUCUCCAGACCCCGACUCGCCUGGUCCCCAACUCUGUCCCCAGCCUGCGGCGUCAGACUUCAGUGCCGAUCGCAUCGAUUUCUUCAGUGCCUUGGAGAAGUUUGUGGAGCUCUCCCAGGAGACGCGCCCCCGCUCCUGCUCGCACUCCAGGCCUGAGGAAGCGGGGGUGGGGAGGAAUGGUGGAGUUCGGCUGUCAGUGCUAGAAACAGCCCCUUCGGAGGUGACCCCCGAGGGGCAGAGAAGCAGCUCCUCCAGCAAUACCCCCCAUGUGUCAGGAGAGUCUUCCAUGGAUGAAGACCAGCCAAAGGACAUCUCUGAAGUGACUAGCCCAGAGGACAUGAUGCAAUCUCACUCAGAAAAUGCUAUUUCAGUGAAAGAAAUUGUCACUGAAAUUGAAUCCAUCAAUCAAGGAAUUGGGCAGUGUCAGCAGAAGGUAGAUAUCCUGUCCAACCCAUGCCAAACACCAAAGAGAAACACUAUCCACGAAUUGCCGGUCUUUGAGACAACCUGGGCCUCUGAGAAUAAACCCAUCCACCUGGACCAGAAGGAGGGAGUUUGCACACUGCAGCCUGAGCUGGCAAAGGCAGACCAGGAAGCUAUGCUGAUGGCCCCAGUCCCCCUGGAAGACCCAGAAGGAGACCUAACUGAGGAAGACCCAGAGUCACGAGGUCCAGGUUUGAACCCAGCACUCAAAUGGUGCCCUGGGUCUGUGAGGCGGGCAACCUUGGAGUUUGAAGAACGGUUGAGACAGGAGCAAGAACACCAUAGUGCCGCUCCCCUCUGCGCGCUGCCCACUCGCAAGAACUCCAGGAAUGAUUCCACUGGGCCUGAUGGAACCCCAAGAAACAAGAAUGAUGAGCCCGCCCCGGAACCUGCCUCAGGCCCUAAAGACCUGGAAUCGGGCAAGGCCAGAGCAAAGGACAGCAUGGGGGAGGGCUUCCCUGCCCAGCAGGACCAGGCAUCUGCGCCGCUGGCAUUCCACCCCGCUUUGCAAGAGCCCGCCCUGGCAGAUGUUGGGGCAAAGCAGGGAGGGGCAUCCAAGGAGCCCCCAGCGUCCAAGAAGAAGCCUUUUCCGGACCACCUUCCCAAAAGGUUUGAAGUCAUUGAAUACACGCCCAUGGUGACAUCUCCUGACCUCAUAUUUGACGUGGCUACAGCAGAAAAGAAGGCGGAAGUGGGGAAGAUUGUGACGGUGGAGAACACCAUCGUCGUGAUGUGUUCUGUGGAUGAAAAUCUCAACACCACGCUGUGCCCAGAGCCAGCUUCUCCGCGUCCUCAAACACUCCCUCUUCCUCGUCCUGCGUCUCCUCAGCGCGAUGGGGCUCCCCAAGCUGCCUUCACCCUGGGCAGUCCCGAAGAGGAGGAGGGCUGGAGUCCUCCUUCGGGGAGUCCUCUAGCACCCCUACCUUCAGGUGGCCUGGAUUGCUCCCAUCCCCAGGCUGUCCUCCACAUAGAAGGGGUGACGCAGGAAAGCAGCACCACGGACAGUGAGCCCUCCUCCCAGCAGAGCUGCUGUGCUGACCAUACCCCCAGCGGCACCCCCGAGCUCCCCGGGGAGGGGGAGGGGGCUCUGGUCCUGGGGGACAGUGAAAACCUCAGAGUGGUUGAGAACCCGCGGGAGGGGCACAAGACUACUCCCUGUGGUCUCCCAUAUAGUUCCAGUAGUGACAGUAUAAAGAACCUCAGCCGGGGCACUAGGCUGGUGAAGAAGCAUUCAAAAGAAAUGGAGUCCCGAGUGCUUCGGCAGGCAGGACUCACCAGGCCGUCCCAGAUGAAGCGCUCGGCUUCCUUAGCGAGGCUGGGUCACCUGAAUCUGCACAAGAGCGGCGUGUCUGAGGUAGAGUUGGUGUCCCCCGAAGGCCUUCACCCCGACCUCCUCCAGCCUUUCAUCGGGACGGGCCCAAAGGGGCCCUCCCUGGAAGAGCCCUCGGCCAGGCUCGGACCCCUCUCCCAGCACCUAGAGCCCACCACGUAUUUUGUAGAGCCGCUGAGAAUGGCGGAGUGCAUGGCGCAGAGCAAGCCCGUCGAGCGGCCUCUGGCGCAGUAUGCCAAAGAGCUGGGGUCGGCUCCGCAGGGCUCGCUCCCCGGUUCAGGACACGAAUUGACUAGUUCUGGCGGGAGCCUCGGCUCGCCCCAGAGACAGCAGGGAUUAGAUCCUCCAUGCCCCGGACCCGGCCUGACCGUAGCCGAGCGACCGCAGCAUGGGAGAACUCAGCCUCUUAGGAGACUAAAAAAGUCCAAUGACAAAAAGCGGACGACCAAUCCCUUCUAUAAUACCAUGUGAUCUGGAGCCCACCCGGGACUUUUCAAGGGAAAUGUGUGUUUGUAAAAGGGGCAGGUGUAAUAUGUAAGGAACAUGCACUUUAUUGGUUAAUUUUCUAUGUUUUGGUCAUUUUACUAUUGCUGGCGCAUGCAGGGUGUGGGUUUUCUGUGUGUGACUGCGAGGCCAUUUUAUCCUUGGGGUUUUUGUUUUGUUUUGUUUUUAAAGAAACUCAGACAACCUCAAAAAAAAAAAGAAAAAACCACCUCAUUUUCAAAGAACACCAUCCAAAGCAAAUUGCUGUUUUUCGGACACUCCCCCUGCUUCUUCUCUCCCGGUCCCAGAAGAUGUGCACGCCUACAAGGCACAGGAAGGUGAAGCGAGAGACAGGGGGAGUGGAGGGAGGUAGACAUUGGCAAAGCCCAAGCCGAAGGUCCUUCUGAGCAUGCUCUUGAGUCUCAGGUUUGGCCACAUGGGUCACGUGGAGAGAUGGCAGAAGUCAAACUCCAGACCCUGGUCUCUUCCUUGAAUGGGUGGCUUCUGCUUUGAUUUUACAAGGGGCAUUCACAUAGCAUCCAUUUCUUCCCAACCUCUAGCUCUCAGUGUUUUGCUGAAGGGCUCAGCUGAAGGCAGGAUUUGAUUUACUAAACAGCUUCUUGUGGCACCAGAACAAAAUCCGAAAAAGGCCUCCGGUGAGGAAGGUCUAGAGGCAGCCCUAGAAGCCCAUCUCAUGACCUGGUCUGUCCUUUCUGAACUGGAUUCUGUAUUCAGCCACUUUCUUAAUCCUUUAGGGAAAAAUGUUUUCAACAGAAAUGAAUGACCUGUUGAAAAACAGCAAUCAAAAGAUGAAGUGUUCUUUUUAAAUGAACUGUCACUAGGGUUUUAACCCUUUCAUUACUUGAAUACUGCUGUGGGCCUUCUGAGUUUAAUGGCCAUAUUUUCCCCCACGUUUUUAUUUUUCUUCCCCAUGCCGUGUUUCCUCCAAUGCUGCCUAUGUUUUGUGGGUAAUUUUUUUUAAUUAUUUCAUAGGAAACAUUUGAAUUGUUACAUUACAUGUGUAUAGCCUCCAUCAAAUGCAAAGCUUUCUUUUCUAUAUUGUCACUGUUAACACUUGACGAAAGGUAUUUUUCCUUUACUGGAAGUUUUGUCGUUUUCCUAAAUUGUAUAUACAAUAUUUAUGUAGAUAA